UCUGGCAUUAUUGAGAAAUUACAAAAUUGAUAAAUUGUUAACGCUGGGAAAAUGCGUGAUUAUAUAACCAAAUUUAUACGUUCACAUCGCUGCCUCUCCGUUUUUACGCUACUCCAACUGACUUUAAUGCUGUCGAUGCUGGAGUUUACAAUCCAAAUUGACCAAUCCCCGGAGCUCCAGCGACCUCUCGCCCGUAUUUACCUAGUGUGCAAGCUGGGAGAGCUGGCCUGGAGUCCUUUAUUUUCCGGUUUCGCCAUGGGUGCCAUGUUUUACGGCUAUGGUUUGAUAUACCUUCCCACCAAGUGUCCCUUCGGGGGAUUCUUCUCCAGGCUUCGUAUAGCAGGUCUGUCCUUGUGGCAGCAUUGCAGUCCCGUGAUGUUGCUACCCUGGGGCCUAAAGGUGGCCCAGGGACUUGGGCGUUUCCCUUACCACAUUUGGGAGUGCCUGGCUGAAGAAACACACUAUGAGGCUGACAAUUUUUUAUUGUUCAGUGUCCUGGCUGUCAUGCUCUGGAACUACUUGAUGAUCCUGGCCAUAAGUAGCUUUGUCUUGGCUAUAGGGCUUAACCGACGAUUGUUGAGUGCUCGACACCUUGAAAGCAGAAAUCACGAACUGCGGGCCUAUGCCCAGGGAAUCAACGAACUGCUCGGCUUUGAGAUGUUUGUGAUGACUUAAUGUUGGGAUUUGGAGGUCCAAAUUAAACUUCUAACUUAAAUGAGAGACCAUUUUGAUUUAUAACUAAAAUUAUUGGUUUAAAGAAA